ACAAGCUACAAGGAGCUUUUCAGUGUCAGGGGCACAAAGAGGUUAAAAGGCUGAGUGCAGAUGGGAUGAUACAAGCCCCAAGAACAGACUCAGGCAAGAAUAGAGCAGAGCCAGGGAAGAGCCAGGGCAGAGCAAACCCAUGGCUGCCUUCACGGGAGGGGAGGUCUACAAGGCAGAGUUCGAGCCCACGGCGUACCUGGAAUACUUCAAGUUUGGAGGAGGCACCUUGGGGGAUGAGUUCCUCACAUUUGUCCUGAAACACUACUGCAAAACCUUCACUUCUGGUGCUGUGACAGGCCACACCCUGAUUGAUAUUGGCAGUGGACCCACCAUUUACCAGCUGCUUUCUGCCUGCGAGUCAUUUAAGGAGAUCAUUGCUUCAGAUUAUAUGGACCAAAAUUGCCAGGAGCUGCUGAAGUGGCUGAAGAACGAGCCUGGAGCAUUUGACUGGACUCCAGUGGUGCAGCACGUGUGUGAGCUGGAGGGAGACAGGAACAAAUGGGCUGAGAAAGAGGGGAAGUUACGAGGAGCCAUCAAACGCGUCCUAAAAUGUGAUGUCCACAAAAGCAACCCCUUGGAUCCCGUUGUCCUGCCUCCGGCCGACUGCCUGGUCUCAUCGCUGUGCUUGGAAGCUGCCUGCGAAGACCAGAGCUCCUACCGCGCCGCUCUGAGAAACAUCAGCUCUCUGCUAAAGCCAGGGGGGCACUUGGUGCUGAGCGGAGAUUUGGGCAGCAGUUUCUACAUGGUCGGUCCCAAAAAGUUCUCCUGUUUGGCCCUGACAGAGGAAUUUUUGAGGGAGGCUCUUAGUGCAACGGGCUUCACCGCUGAGACGGUUGAGGUUCUCUCCCGGGCUGACGUGGCCCAGCACGACAUCUGUGAUUUCUCUGGGAUGUACUUCAUUGUCGCCCGCAAAAAUUAAAGUGAUUAAGUCCCUUGGAGAAUUUGGGGAAAAUUGUCCCCAGUGGGAAAAGAGAAUCUUAUUAAGGCUUCAUUCUCUUGCUGGUCAUGGCUCUCUUCUCCUUUAGUUGUUGUGCAUUCCCCAUGAUAACAGGGAAAGAUUUUCCUAUGCACCCUUAAUUUGGACUGACGACGUUUACCCCCAUAGAGGGGCAGUUCGAGGCAAUAACUAGCAGACCCUAAUUGGUAUCUUGGCCUUGAUCUGUACUCAUUCCUUGCAAUGGGAUUGAUUGGAAUUGAUGGAAUUUGGGAUUUAUGAGCAGAAAAGUCAAGUUGUCACAUAGCCUGAGUGGAAACUAUAGGGGUUUUCGCCUUCUUCUGUAGCAGCAGACAUAGUACUUUUUCCUUGGUGCUCUCUAGCGUAUUUUAACAACCACUUCUUGACCUUGCAGCAGCAGGAGAUUGCCAGUGCCCUUGCCCCCCUGCUUUACCAGGCUAGGGUAUUCUUGGUGUUUUGGGGCUAUGGGCCAGGUAGUAGGGUUGCUUGUCCAGCUUGUUUUGGGGCUAUGGGCUCAGGCACCAGGGUUGCUUGCCCAGCUUUAAGAACAGGUUAGGCUAAUGCUUGUCUGGGAUGCUUUACAUGAUCCUGCCUUGAGCAAAGGGUUGGGCUAAACGACCUCCUGAGGUCCCUUGCAGCUCUGCUUUUCCAUGAUUCUCCGAGUGAAAAGAUGAUAUAGGGUCAUGCUGGCUUAUCUUUGGGCCACAGGGCAGUUGCUUUGCUUACCUGGUGACCACAGCUCCAGACAGCAGCCUUGUUUGAAAUGGGUGGGACUACUUGAGUGAGUAAUACUCAGCUGUGUGGAUGACAACUGGCAGGCUCUUUGGGUAGAUGUGAUAGCUUUUAUUAGACCAGCUAAAGAGUUGGAAAUAUUGUUCUUUGCAAGUUUUCAGGCACAUACACCCUUCUUCAGGCAAGAGAGACUCUGGAUACUGUGCCCAUUUCAACAGUGGCACCCAAUACUUAGUCGCUGCAGCAACAAAACAAAACAAAAUUCCUUUGCAGUAGAUAGUCCAGUAGAAAUAUGCUGAUUAACACCUUAAAUUUUGGUGAUUCUUGAACGCUUUCUGCACACCCUGUCCUUUUGGCCUUGGCAUUUUCUGAAGCAAACCUCCAGGAAACCACAUAGUGAGAGGAAUGCUGUUCUCUGUCGUGGUGGUUGUCCUUGUUCUUCAGAGAUUCAUAGAUGUUAGGGUCGGAAGGGACCUCAAUAGAUCAUCGAGUCCGACCCCCUGCAUAAGCAGGAAAGAGUGCUGGGUCUAGAUGACCCCAGCUAGAUACUCAUCUAACCUCCUCUUGAAGACCCCCAGGGUAGGGGAGAGCACCACCUCCCUUGGGAGCCCGUUCCAGACCUUGGCCACUCGAACUGUGAAGAAGUUCUUCCUAAUGUCCAGUCUAAAUCUGCUCUCUGCUAGCUUGUGGCCAUUAUUUCUUGUAACCCCCGGGGGCGCCUUGGUGAAUAAAUCCUCACCAAUUCCCUUCUGUGCCCCCGUGAUGAACUUAUAGGCAGCCACAAGGUCGCCUCUCAACCUUCUCUUGCGGAGGCUGAAAAGGUCCAGGUUCUCUAGUCUCUCCUUGUAGGGCUUGGUCUGCAGGCCCUUAACCAUACGAGUGGAGUGGCCCUUCUCUGGACCCUCUCCAGGUUAUCUGCAUCCCUCUUGAAGUGUGGCGCCCAGAAUUGCACGCAGUACUCCAACUGCGGUCUGACCAGCGCCCGAUAGAGGGGAAGUAUCACCUCCCUGGACCUAUUCGUCAUGCAUCUACUGAUGCACGAUAAAGUGCCAUUGGCUUUUCUGAUGGCUUCGUCACACUGCCGGCUCACAUUCAUCUUGGAGUCCACUAGGACUCCAAGAUCCCUCUCCACCUCUGUGCCACCCAGCAGGUCAUUCCCUAGGCUGUAGGUGUGCUGGACAUUUUUCCUCCCUAGGUGCAGCACUUUGCAUUUCUCCUUGUUGAACUGCAUCCUGUUGUUUUCUGCCCACUUGUCCAACCUAUCCAGGUCUGCCUGCAGCUGUUCCCUGCCCUCCGGCGUGUCCACUUCUCCCCAUAGCUUUGUGUCAUCUGCAAACUUGGACAGAGUACACUUCACUCCCUCGUCCAAGUCACUGAUGAAGACAUUAAAGAGUAUCGGUCCAAGGACCGAGCCCUGCGGGACCCCACUGCCCACACCCUUCCAGGUCGAGACCGACCCAUCCACCACGACUCUCUGGGUGCGGCCCUCUAGCCAAUUUGCCACCCACCGGACUGUGCAGUCAUCCAAGUCACAGCCUCUUAACUUGUUCACCAGUAUGGGGUGGGAUACCGUAUCGAAGGCCUUCCUGAAGUCUAAGUAUACGACAUCCACCCCUCCUCCUGUGUCCAGGCGUUUCGUAACCUGGUCAUAGAAAGAGACUAGAUUGGUCAGGCACGAUCUGCCCGCCACAAACCUGUGCUGGUUUCCCCUCAGCAUAAUUUGCCCCGCUGGGCUCUCACAAAUGUUGCUCUCCACAUUUUUGGCAUCUCCAGGUAACUCAACGGAUGCUGCUCAAGUGUUUGUCAAAUGUCACGUUACGUCUCGAAAUUAGCUGUAUGAAAAAUGGAAUCUUUUUCCCUGCAAAAAAGACAGCUUUAUUAAAUAUUCCCAGUGAUGAACAUGAGAGACUGACUCUUCUAGACCUAAACCAAUGUAUUAUGUGUGGCUUUGCAUUGUUUCCAAUAAAUGCUGAAUUGUUCUCUAA